GGGCUGUGGCUGCUGGCGGCGGGGCUGUGCGGCGCGGUGGCGGCGGGCAGGUCCCCCAGCUGCCACGAAGUGCGGACGGCGUUCCAGCUGCGGCAGAUCGGGCCCCUCAAGCUGGUCCCCGACGUGCCCACGGCCGAGUCAGAUUUACAGAUCUGUCAACACAGGGCACCAACAUGUUGCACCAAAAAAAUGGAAGAAAGCUACCAGGCAGCUGUCCGAAGGGAGAGGACUCAGAGCAUCCAGGCACUGAACUUUGAGCUGAAGUACAUGAUAGUUGGUCACAUCACAGCUUUUCAAGAGGCGUUUGAGUCUUUGCUUCGCUUUGCUGAAAACCGCACGAGUUCCCUGUUUGAGACAGCUUACAGACCUAUGGCAAAAGAAGCAGCAGAGCCUGUUAAGGAGCUUUUUACAGACAUCUCUCUCUACAUUCUGGGCGCAGAGACCACAGUGGAAAGUGCAGUACUGCGGUUCUUUGACAGUCUCUUUCCUCUGGUGUACAACCGGCUAAUAAACCCAGGAAUUACAGAUCUGUCAGAGGACUAUACGGAGUGUCUGCGGCUUACAAGGCAAGACAUAAAUCCUUUUGGACACUACUCUAAAAACAUGGUUACAGAGCUGUCAAAAUCUCUUUGGGCCAGCAGGAUGCUGAGCCAGGCCCUGAGCCUGGGCAUUGAAGUGAUAAAUACGACUGAGCACGCCGCUGUGAGCAAGGAGUGCAGCAGAGCCCUGGUGAAGAUGCAGUACUGCCCGCACUGCCAGGGCCUGACGCUCAUCAGGCCCUGUGUGGGAUAUUGUCUCAAUGUCAUGAGGGGCUGCCUGGCCAGCGUGGCAGAGCUGGAUGCACAGUGGAGGGAGUUCAUCUCCACGCUGGAAUAUCUGACUAAUGAAAUGGCAGCCUCCCACGAGCUGGAGGUUGCUGUGUCGGGGAUCUGGAGCUCCAUCAACGAGGCCAUCCUGCACGCGCAGCUGAACGGACCGCAGCUCUCUGCUACGGUUGAUAAAGUGUGUGGCCAGCCCAAGCAGCAAGAAGGGAACCUGCCAUCAGCCAAUAUUGUGCCAGUGAAGGAAGUGACCGAAACCCAGACAUUUGUGAUGGCUCACACCAGCCUGAACAAUAAAAGAAGUUCUCUGCCUCUGAAAGCUUCAAAGAAUGACAAAUCAAGAAGUUUGAAAAAAAUCUCUCGAGAGUUCAUCAAUUACAUGAAGCGAUCCCGAACCUUUUAUGCCUCUAUAGCAGAAAGGCUUUGUGAUGGAGACCUGGUGAUGAGAGACAGCUCAACCUGCUGGAAUGGAGAGGAUGUUGUAGAAAGUUAUACCAGCAGAGUUGUUUCCAAUGGACUAAAGGCACAAAUUAAUAAUCCAGAACUGAAAGUCAAAGGAUUGGACCCACUCAUCAGCAAUUUAAUUGAUAAACUUAAGCACUUCAAUCAACUGGAUGCUGAGAAGGCAAAGUCGAAGCUGGAGCGAUGGGGUGCCCGAGAUGCUGGCAGUGGGGAUGGAAGGAGUGAGGAGAUGGAGUCAAGUGGAGAUUGUGAUGAUGAGGAUGGCUGCCAAGGAUCCGGGGACAGGAUGCACACAGCAGAUGUACUCAAGGACAAGAAAACCCAUCCAGAAAACAGAAACGAACUAAAACCAACCGUGAAAAAGAUUGACACCACAACCACCACAAGCAUUGUCAAGUCAUCUUCCAAACACAGUGUAACUGGAAAUGGGAGCAGCCCAGCCCUGAGUCCCUCCCUCGCUGUUCUGGCAGCACUGGCAGCUCUGUGGCUCUGUCCCCUGUAGCUGCAUUGCCCUGCAGAUGCUGUGCUAGUGCUCCUGUUCACUGUCAUUGAUACCUGCAGCCUUACCCGGCGGGAAACAAAUGGAAAUGGCUCUCUAGUUGAUGUGAUUUGUUAGGAUAAAUAAGAAGUGAAAUGCUGGAGUUGGCAGAUACCAAGUGUCAUCACUUAAAAUGUCUGAAGAUAGCCUUUGGCAAAGCCCACCCAAGGUACAGCGAGGAUGAUCACAAGGGUCUGAGUAGCUUAAGUUAUGGGGUAGAAAUAACUGCAAACACAGAAAUUGUGUACGUGUGCGUUACUGUUUUUAUCGAUUUCUUUCACUAGACUCUGACUGGCUGGUUUUUGUUUAAUUUUUCUGGUAAGUUAUAUGAGUGGUCAGUCUUCAAAUUCAAGGCAAUCCAAACUUUGUUUUUUUAGUGAACAGCUAACAAGCUGUGCUACAGUUCAUAGAAUCCCAGAGUGUUAUGGGGCUGGGAUGGACCUUAAAGAUCAACGAGUGCCAGCCCCGGUAGCAGGUUGCUCUCUGUACGGUGAAGAGCUCUCUACCAGCUUGGUGAAAUUCCUGAAUGGUCAAGAAGAUCAAAGCAUGUUUGAAACUUCUGUUCACUCUUACUGUUUAGAUUGUAGGAAGCGACAUAAAAACAUAUGGUGUGUCUAAUAUAUCAGUAUAGUUGCCUUAACUGUGGAAAAAAUAGAACCACUUUGUUUACUGAGGGACAUAGAUAGUGAGUUUCCCUGCCCCACAAAAUGUCAUUACCAGAUGCUUAAGCAUAUGCUCAAGGCUUAUUGGAUGAAUGUCCAGCAAAGGGAAACAUAAAUAAACAUAAAAAUGUUUUAUCCACUUGAAUGCAGCUCUGUACAGAAAAGGAAAAAAAAAAAAAAAUUCAGUUCAAACUUACUUUGCCUAUGAGAUGUUACAUAGAAACCAACUUAAGUUUUCCAUAAAGAUCCCAGAGAUAUAAAUUAUUGGGAACUCCCAUUAGACACUAACUAGAUUUUGUGUAUUAUGGAUCUCUGAAAUCAACUGUUUCAUAAACUGUGUAUUAUUUAAUUACAUUUACUGUUUAAAAUUUUUGUAUCACAUUAGGUGUAAAUGUAAAACAUUCUGAAAUCUAGAACAUUCUCUGUUAUGCUUCAUCUUGAUUGCUACCCUAGAAAAUGUCAAAUGUGCAUUAUAUUACAAGGCUAUUUUUUUUAAGUCAAUGAUACAUUGAUGCAUUUUAACUUUUUGGAUGAAAAAGUACUAGAAUAACUUCUAAUGGGUUAAGAGUUGAUGUGUGUUUUCCAACAACUGUUUACAGUGCCAUUGAAUAUAUGUAUACAAACACAACUGUAUUAAUACAGUGAUUAAUAUGAUAAAUAUAUGAAACAUUAGAAUUAUUACAUAACUGUUACAACGUUUAAUGGCCAUUUUCAUGUUGUAGACUAUUCUUAUGUACAGUUUUGUAAGAUUUAAUGUAAAACACUUGCCUUUGGCUUUUUGUAAGGCAUCUCUUUGAUAGUUGGCGUUACCCAGUCACUGAGAUUACUCAAAAGAGGAGCCCUGGAUCUCACUAACCAGCUUCAGGCAUUUUAUUGGCACCUUUGAUUCCAGAAGCCUGACUCAAAGAAGGUGCCAUGGGCCAGGAUUACUGCUGGGUGUCACCACGCAGGAGGUGACAAUAGUACAGAACAAGCACACAGUAAGUCAGCAAAGCUCACUACGCUCACACAUUUCCAGACAGUAUCAGUGAACAUGUCUAAUUAUGUUUGCAAACGUGGGGCUUGAGUUUCAUCUCCAGUUUUGGUUCCGAGAUCAUAUUUAUGACAUAAAGGUAUGAUCAGAGCCAUGGAUGCGCCCAGCUGCAAAGGCAGCGUCUCUGAAGUGGCAGCAGCUAAAUUUUCUAAAAGAUAAUUUGAUUUUAGUGUUAUGGAGGUAAAAUGGAGAAGAUAUUUACAUUAAGUAUUUUAUAUUUUAACUCUGAUUUUUUCACAACAGUAAGGAUAUUAAUAUCACUAAGGAGUGCUUCCCAGUCCAGUCAGUGAAAAUCAGUUUUCCCAAAAGUAUUGAAAUGGCUGUCCUGUGUUUUCCAGGGUUUGUGAGCUGCACCAAUCUAUGGAACUUUAAUUAAAAAUGCUGUUUCCUGUAUUCAUUUCUGGUGCCCUUUGGAAAAGUGCUGUUUUACCUGCAGAGGCGUGCAGGUCCCAUCGUUUGUGCAGUGGAAGGACUCUGUAAUGCCUGGCAGAAUCCUGCACUCACUGUGAUGUUGAGUCAGACAGGAGCUGUGUGCACACAGAGAUGUACCUGGCUGCUCACACUCAGCACCUGCCCCCAGCUCACACCAAGCACUGUGGCCUCACUGCAGCAAUUCCAGCCUGAUUUGGUGUCCUCACGCUGACAGUGCUCAGUCAUCCUUCAGGCCCUGAAAGUGUCAGUCAGAAUUCCUAUGGAUAGGAGUUUCAGGGCUGGACUCCAAUCCUGGCAGAUGUCAGCUGUGCAGUUUGGAGUUCCCAGGUGUUCCUCACCUGCAGAGAGGGAACUCAAACAGCCAGAGCCAGGUGUGUGUCUGAGGUCUGUUCUGGAAAAGGUUUCAGCGGCGAUCUCGCCAGCAGAAGGCCCCCAGGAGCAAGCAUGUGAUAAUUCACCCAGGGGGUUAUUUGUUGCUGCUAAAUGUCAUCAUUUGGCUAAACAGAAACCUCUGGAAAAUCAAGGGUUUGGAUUUGGGGAUUGGUUGGCAAAUAUUUGUAUUCAUCUCUCAAGCUAAACAUGGCAACCCUUUAAAAGUUUCUAUAACAAAACACAACAAGUUCAACUCAUGGGGUGAGAUAGAAUCAACUCAUUUCCUUGGACUCAAACAAUAUUUUUUUAGGCACAACUUGAUGCAGAAUGAGGGAAGAGGGCUCUACAUCACUUAAUACAUUUCAUGCAAAAACACUUCUACACUGUAAGAAGAGUACUGGUCAAACCAGCAUGAAAUAUGUUCACAGUGAGCAUCAGAAAUGGUGCCAUUUUAAAGGGCAGUGCAGUUUCUUUUUACUAGUGGUUUAUGAUUUUUUUUUUUUUUCCCUCAAGAUAAGUUGCAUUUACAUAUUUUAAAAAGAAUGUUUUCCAUCCAACAAACCAUCUAUACCAGCAUAAGCAAAACCAACUGGCUGUGUCAGAUAAAGGAAGCAUUCAUUUUCAGAUGAAUAAGAUACCUGCUUUACAAAGUCUUAGUUUGUUACCCAGGACACUGUAAUUAUGAUGUAAUUACAAAGGUCUAAAUUCAAAAUACUUUUGAACUUGUAUAUGUAAUCUCAGUGUAAAAUAAGGUACCAGUCUAAGAACAUUGCUGUAGCCUUGCCUAACAGUUAUGAAUUGUAUUUAGCCACUGCUUUCUGAUUGUUUAUUGUUUUGCUAUGACUUUCUUUGAAUAUUUUGCUGUGCCCACAUUUGUGAAUGCCAGCGUUGGAAAGUAACUGCUGUCAUACAUUUGUGAGUAAAAUCAAUGUACAAUUUUC